AUGUCGCUGCCGGACUCCCCGAGCUCCCCGGCCCCGCGCUGGGCCCCGACGCACGUCCAAGUGACGGUCCUCCAGGCGCGGGGGCUGCGGUCCAAAGCCAAGGGCGGCGGCGGAGGAGGAGGAGGAAGCAGCGAUGCCUACGCCGUCAUGGCGCUGGGCAAGGAGAAGUUCGCCACCUCGGUGUCCGAGCGCUGCCUCGGCUCGCCCGUGUGGCGGGAGGAGGCCACCUUCGAGCUGCCCUCGCUGCCCCGGCGGGGCCUAGGCGGGGCCGGCGGGCCUGGGCCCAACGCCGUGCUGCAGCUGACCGUGCUCCACCGCGCGCUGCUCGGCCUCGACAAGUUCUUGGGCCGCGCCGAGAUCGGCCUCGGAGAGGUGCAGGGCGAAGGUGGCCGCCGCAGCACCCGAUGGUACAAGCUUCACUCCAAACCAGGGAAGAAAGAAAAAGAACGGGGCGAGAUUGAGGUGGAUAUCCAGUUCAUGAGGAGCAACAUGACAGCCAGCAUGUUUGACCUGUCCAUGAAGGAUAAGCCCCGGACUCCCUUUAGCAAGCUGAAAAAAAAAUUAAAAGGAAAACGGGGCAAUGGAUUGCCAGACACAGCUUCAGCGAUUAUUCCCAGCAUCACUCACUCUCCAGCCGACAGUGAAGAAGAGUCAAAUGAGAAGGAGAAGAAAAAAUCCAAGUUCAAGACACUGUUCUCUAAGCCUGGUCUGCAUAAAAGCAAUAUUUCCCAGUCCAUGUCUGUGCUACCCACACUCCAGCCUGUUUCGGAGAGAGUUCGACUUCGGCCCACUGACUUUCAGUCCCAGUGGAGUGAUGAUGAAGACGAUGACACUUUGACAACGGUCUCUGAGAAGCCCCCUGCAAACAGAACCAACAAUAAUGUGCUUGGUCCCCCUUCUGCCAUGACCCACAAGAGAACCGGUAGUGGAGACUCCAAGCAAUUAAACCAAAUAAUGGCUGGCAGCGCUAAGAAGGAUAUGCAUUCUUUAUUUGGCCUCAGGUCCAAAAACGAUCCAGUUUCCAGGUCCAAUUUGUGCAUCAAUGGCAGCCACGUUUACAUGGAAGAAAAUGAACCAAAGAGCGACCCCGUCACAAAAGAAGGCACUCCAUCUUCUCCUCAGACAUCCCAGCGAAAACGCCUCUUUCUCUCUCAGGAAAACCUGUCUCUCGAACGCGACAAGGAGCUUGAAAACCCUCCCAGGUUGGUCCUUGAUAAGUUGCCCUCCGGGUCAUCUUCGUUGGAAACCUUUAAAGCCAUGACUCUGCCAUCGUACAAAUUGCUUGCCGGUGGGGAUUCGGCAGAAAACAACACUCCGCUUGUUCCAGACACUCCGAAAGAAACCAAGGAGGUCAAAAAACCAGAGAACAAGAAGUCCGGCUUGCUGUCUCUCGUGACGGGGAAAAAAGAAACCAAAGCCAGCGAGGAGAUGGGCAACGCUGAGAGUUCUCUGAAGGCGAAGGAAGUGAAGCGUAGUGAAAAAGAAUUGGCCAGAAAAGAGACCAACCCUUUUGAGCUCCCCGUGGAUGGCAGAAGGGGCCACGGCCCGGCUAAGAGUAGCGCUACAGAUGCUGUGAUUGCAAAGGCAUCAACAAACCCUUUCAGUGAGAACGCUGUGGAAGGGGAGAAACCAGAAAAAAAUGCCGCUUCGGUGAAACCUUCUCAGACGAAACAUGUCAAGCCCAGACUUCAUCCUGUGAAGCCAAUGAAUGCUACAACUAACCAACCAUCUGCAAAAAUCUUGAGCAUAAAUGCUAGGAUGCUGGAUAAUCAAACUGAAAUCAAUCUGAAGAAAUAUGACCGUUCAGAUCCUGCCUGUGCUUAUGCUCAGUUAACUCAUGAUGAACUGAUCCAACUGGUGUUGAAACAAAAAGAUAUUCUUGUCAAGCGAGAUGUCCAGGUACGAGAGCUGGAAGACUAUAUAGACAACUUGCUUGUCAGAGUCAUGGAAGAAACCCCCAACAUUCUUCGGAUUGAAGUCCACCCCAAAAAGAAAGCUGGAAAGAUGUGAAAUGACACCUCAACCUGUAUGAAGAAAUUUUCUUAGUCCAACUUGACUAAGAGAAUGUGAAAUGAAAUAACUGUUACUUCAGCAAAACAAAGGUUAUUUCUUUCUUUGGGUAAAAUUGGUGUCUUGUCUUCGAGACUGGUUAGAUAUAAUCCAAAAAUGACAAUCUUUUCUUCAGAUACUCUUCUAGUACAAUGCACAUAUUUUGCUCCUCUGUUUAUGAUUAAAAGUAUGACUUAUGAAACUUCAAGAGAGUUAUGUUGAAUCAGUUUUCUACUGUGAACAAUACUGUACCUGGAGCAUUUAUACAGAAUUUUGUGUAAAGUUGAAAAAUAUUUGCCACAGUUUUCAAAUUUCUGUGGGUCAUACUAGGUUUUUGUGCAAUAUAUACAAUCUUAUCCUAAGCAAUUUCAUGCUAAUUCGCUGAAAACACUGGAAUAUCAUCAAGUCCCUCGUUUUAAUUAAUUAGCUGGGGAAAUGAAGAUAUUACUGGAAAACUGGAUGCCUUUGAAACCAUCAUUGUGACUUUCACAGGUUCUUAUCAAUUGGAGCUUGUGCUGUGGAUGUUUACAGUGGAUUGUGUACUGAGCUAUUUGCAUUAUUCAUUUGGGAACCAUAGGUAAAAAAAAUUGCAUAGUAACGGCUGGUGAACAAACAUUGCUUGCUUGUGUUGUCUACAUUGAAAUGGUAUGUGAAUAAGAGUAUGCAAAACAUUCAGCACUAAGUUUUAUAAUCUCUAAUUGUGACUGGUUUGGGGUCCAUUUUAUUUGAUCUGGAUUGGGAUAAACUGGCUGAUAGCACUAGAGCACCAUAGCUAGUCACUCAGUUGUAGGUGAUGAUUUCUAAAUAGAGAUUAAAGCAGGGAUAAGUAACCUUGGUUUUAAAAAGAACAAAACUCCAGGAGAAGUACUAGGUUGCUUAUUCCUCUAUGAUUUUAGGAAUGUGGAUGAAACUGGAAUGUUCCCAGACUUUUAAAAGUUUGAAAGUACAUAUUCACACAAUUCUUAAUUGGCCAUGAGUAUUGACUGAGCUUGCUUUUUAGUCACGUCUUCUUUGUUCAGAAAUUGAUGUGUUUUUCUUCCUUCCCUUUCACUCAAUAAAGUGUUCCCAAAAUGUCUUCCUAUUUGCAAACACCUACACAAAAAUUCCUCUUAACAAAGUUCUUUUCAGAAAAUCUAAGAAAAUCGGUGUACUUAAGUUUUUUUAGAAUAACAGUCUUCUUAGGCUAGUACAAUUACUUUUGUCAGGAAGGGUCAGGCAGUUUUGGGGGGGAUUCUGGAAGUCUCUUGAAUUCUUCCAGAUUCUGUAUUCUUCAGAGAUAUAAUUGCUUGUGAUGGUUAUUAUGGAUGAAAAUCGUCUCAAAAUUGUAGAUUUUCAAAAUCCGCAACCGAUGAGCAAGCAGUUAGAGAAAUCUUAGGUAUUUUUUGUUAAGGUGAAGAAAAGGCAUUCUUUCUCAUCAGAUGCCAAGGCAAAUGUGUCUGCAAAUCUUGAACACUUUUUUCCUUUUCUGUGCAGUGAAAAAGUUGGGUUAAAUUUUGCUCCUUUUCAGGAAUUGCUAAGCAAAGCCUCCAUGUAAGCCCUUGUAAAUUCCAAGCAUUUAUUUGCUGUGCCCAGAGCUGUACAUGCAAUAUUGACAGUUAACUCAAGUUUUCCUUUCUCUUUAAGAAUAUCUAUCCUAUGGUUUGAAAUGAACAAACGUGAAUAUCUGAUAAGUUGCUCAAAUCUGAGAAUUUUCAUUGAUACUUAAAUUCCAUUUUAUUUGAUCAAGAAAACUAAACAGGACAGUAUUGAUGUGAGAGAGUGAAGAAGCGAGUCAUCAUGCUCUCCAAGCAGCAACUUUCUACAUUGAGGCAUUUGUUUUGGAAAUAUUUGGUUUGAGCUUGGCCAGAGUGUUUAUGCUGGUAGUCUUGUGUUUCCGAUGUAAAGGUUUUGAAUUGUCAGGCUUUUCCACAGCUAACUUCUCUUUCCCUAGAGUAGAGAAAUGUAGCCUGAUCUAUUUGUUGCAGUAAUUACUGGAAUACAUAUUAGGUCUACAUUACCUUUCCACAAUAAAUAGCCUAUAUUAUUUCUGACAAAGACUAAUUGGAAACAUUCACAUUUUCAGCAUACAGUUCAUGCAGGGUUUAUAUAAAAUAGAUCAAACUUCCUUUUUCCUGUGAAAAUAAUAGUAUGUGGUAAAGUGGGAAGUAUAAAUACAGUACUUUUAAAUCUUGCUGACUUUUUAAAUGGAAGGUUAAAUACAUUUUUAAUUCUAAAGCAGGACAGUGGAUACCUUGGUCUUGGACUAUGGGUGAACUGUGCCUUAAAGGAAAGAAUGCGUACUCCAGAUCUAGAAAUAUUUUAUUCUGGAUCUAGUAAGAAAACCGCAUUUUCUAUCGUAUUUUAAAACUGACCUUGAACUGGGCAUCUUCCUUUUUAUGAUUUACAACAAAACCUUAGAUUAGAAUGUAGAAACUACAUAUAGAGAUUAGCAAGGUACUUUGCAGAGUUAACACAAAUCUAUCCACGUUUAUGUUCUAGCCACUCAUAUCUACUACUGAUUCAAAAUUGUUAGCAAUCACAGCUAGCUGAUUAUAUGUAGGUACCUGCAGCAAUCCAAGGAUUGUUUAGAGACAUUGAGGAAUUAACUUAAUCAUUUGCUACAGCUGUUGUUUAUUAUCUUCCUAUGCACUUUAAUGAGGGAUCUGUUUGGCACUGAACAGUUCUUCAUCCCUCUUAUACUUAGUCACCACACUGGAUUACAAUAUAAGUUUGUGAGCUAAAUUUACUAACUAGCAUAUUUGCCACUAUAUAAUCUGGCAAUCACCAAAGAACAGAAUAGCUUAGGUGGCUAAGGUACUCAUGUUUUGAGAAGAGGUGUAGUUUGUAUGACUUACGUUACCAAUGCAUUCAUAACCUAAUUACAUAUUUUAAGGUUGGGUAUGAAAUGAGUAAUAUAUUUGAAUGUCAGAUUCUGAGGGAGGAAUAGAUCAUACUCUCUGUUGUUGCCAUAAACGUGAGUGUUGAAAUUUGUGGAGUAGAUGUGUCUGCCUCUUCCUAUGCAGCAUAGUUCAAAUCUGAGGAACUAUAAAACAAGCUUUCUUUUUGCUUCGUUUGUUGAGUUAGAAGAAGCAUUUUGAACUUUUCCACGGAAAAGAAUAGUGAUCUGGCAUAUUGAAGGCGGUACAAUAUUGUGAAAUUGCUGGUACUGAAAUGUGUAACAAUACAUACCUUAUUUUAUAGGUAGAAAACAUUUUGGAGGGUAUUUUAAAGUCUAGCUAUUUCCCUCUGCUGGUUGUUAGCAUAAUGCUAUAUGCUUUCAUGAAAAGACAUGCAGGAAUUUGUAUUACGUGUCUUAUUCCAGAAUAUCAAAUAGCUGUUUUAAUACCAUGCUCCCUAAGAAUAAUUUUCCGAAAUUGACUGGAAUUGUACUGUAAACAUGUCCGCUAAUAAAAUGGCAAGUAGCAAAACAAAAAAAGAAACAAAACUCGUGCUGGGCAAAUUUUGAGCAGAUUUGAGAAAAUCCAAAUGUAGAAUCCUUUUAUCUUGUUAAUUUUAAAUUUUAAAAUUAAUUUUAAUUUUAAAAAACAGUUUAUUUUAAUAUAAGUUCCAGUAAGCUAGCAUUGUUAUUGGUCAUUCUUGUUGAAUAUUAUGGGAAUUGCAAUCUCAGUUAAGAGCGUGCUAAAUUUUCCAACCUGAAACAGGCUGUCUGCAGUUUCAAUAAUUGGAAAAGUCCAUUUUGUGUUUGGAAUGUUUCAUGAUAACCUUUUGUACAAGGCUGAUCUCAACAUAGUACACAAAGAACACUAAAUUGGGGGAAGGUAGUUUUAAGUCAUAGCUGUAUGUAUUUAACGGGUUUUAAGUGGGGCAGUUUCACAUGUUGUGUAACAUACAAUGAAGGAGUUACAACGGGGCCCAGUUGUUGCCAACUUUGUCUUUGUGCAUUAUAUAUCACUCAAUAUAUAAUGUAGAAAUAACAGUGCCUUAAAAUCAGUAUUUUACUGAACAAAUUAAAAAUAAUCAGUUUAUGUAAAUUCUUGAGUUUUAAUAAAAUGGUUAUGCAAUGAAUAGUUUGUCUCCCUCUGUGUAUUUAAUGUAGAAGGAUUUGAAUGUUUGUUUACGCUUUGUUACAGUUGGUACAUUGCCUGAUGGUUUUUAUACAAAGACCUUCAGCCUUAUGAAAUGUUAAAAUAAAGUUAUUUAAAGUUAAA